AUGGCUGAUGCUGGUCCCAAGAAGCCAAUAUUCAAGAAAAAAGUAGCAAGAACAAGUGGACGUAGUCGAAGAACAACAGAUAUUGAGGAAGAUGAAGAUCAACAACUACCAUCUGUGCUUCACAGUAAACCCAAUAGUAGGUUUCAGAAACCAAUGAAAAAGAAGAAAGACAUUUCCAAAUAUAUCAAUAUUAUGGAUGAUAUUGACGAUGAUACUGAAUUCCAAUCUGAAUCUGUUCAAUCUUUGGAAUCAGCUAUUGAUGAGGGUGUCACCAUAGAGAAUAUAAGUGAGCUACCCUCCGACAUACAAACACAACUACAAGCGAAGGCUAGCCCUGUAAUUGUGCCACCAGUAAUCAAGAAAUAUGUUCCUAUUCCAAGCCAAAGAGAACGAGAAGAUAUCAAAAUUUCCAAGACGGACUUGAUCAAUGAAUAUAAAGAGGAUGACCAAUACGGAGAAGAGCUUAACGAAGACAUUGUGGACCACGGUGAUGAAGACGAUAUUGAUGCUACAGAUUUAAUGACUGAGGGUAAUGAUAAAUUAUAUAUCAGUGGUAGGGCUCCUCGGCUUCCAGAUAUUAAGGACUACAAUUUGGAAAUCGAUGAUGAUAUAAUUGAUACCAGACUUAGCUUGAAACAACUAGAGUCGCAAUUGAAUGACAUAACUAUCCAUGGAGAAAUCGCCCAAGUGACUCAAACAAUUACCACACAGAAGCAAAGUAGAGAGACCGCAUUACAUGAUAUAGCGAGUCUUGAACAACAAAUAAUGAGCAUUAGUCAUAAGCAAGAACUACUAUUACAAAAGUUGAUUGACCAAUGUCCUCCUACAUCAUCAUAG